AGCACUGGGAGAGGAGCCCCAGCCCAGGAUUCCCAGCUGCUCCUGUUCUCUAACCAGGACUGAGCACAGACGACUCACCAUGGAGCUGGGGCUGAGCUGGGUGGUCCUGGCUGCUCUUCUGCAAGGUGUCCAGGCUGCGGUGCAGCUGGUGGAGUCUGGGGGAGGCUCGGUGCAGGCUGGAGGGUCUCUGAGACUCUCCUGUGCAGCCUCUGGAUACACCUUCAGUAGCUAUGCCAUGGGCUGGUUCCGCCAGGCUCCAGGGAAGGAGUGCGAAUUGGUCUCAACUAUUAUUAGUGAUGGUAGCACAAACUAUGCCGACUCCGUGAAGGGCCGAUUCACCAUCUCCCGAGACAACGCCAAGAACACGGUGUAUCUGCAAAUGAACAGCCUGAAACCUGAGGACACGGCCGUGUAUUACUGUGCGGCAGACACAGUGAGAGGAAGUCAUUGUGAGCCCAGACAAAAACCUCACUCCCUGGGGCACCCACAGCCCCCAGGGUGUGCUCACGACCCACCAAGGGCAGGGCUGAGCCCCAGAGCAGGUGCAGAGGUGUGGGAGGAGUUUGUAUUCAUCCAAGAGUUCCAGUUGGACUUUCUCCCAGCUCACAUGCCACCUGGAGAUGACAAACACAGCCACCUGGCCCUGGCCCUGCAGCUCUGGGAGAGGAGCCCAAGCCCCGGGAUUCCCAGCUGCUACCGUUCUAUGAUCAGGACUGAACUCAGACGACACACCAUGGAGCUGGGGCUGAGCUGGGUGGUCCUGGCUGCUCUUCUACAAGGUGUCCAGGCUCAGGUACAGCUGGUGGAGUCUGGGGGAGGCUCGGUGCAGGCUGGGGGGUCUCUGAGACUCUCCUGCACAGCCCCUGGAUUCACCUCCAAUAGCUGCGGCAUGGACUGGUACCGCCAGGCUGCAGGGAAGCAGCGCGAGUGGGUCUCAUCUAUUAGUACUGAUGGUAGCACAAGCUAUGCAGACUCCGUGAAGGGCCGAUUCACCAUCUCCAAAGACAAAGCCAAGGACACGGUGUAUCUGCAAAUGAACAGCCUGAAACCUGAGGACACGGCCAUGUAUUCCUGUAAGACAAACACAAGACACAUUGAAGGCCAUGUCUCCCUGCAGCUCAUCUCUGGGGUCCCUGAAGACACAGCCAUGUGCUAUUGUCACAGGAAGGAGAGUGAGUGA